CGGCACAUGUUGCCAUAGUUACCCUUGCCUGGCGCACUAUUUUGUCGUCACUCUUUAGUACGGAAGUGCGCGGUUUGGGACGGAGCGUUAGCCUGGUUUAUGGUUUACGGCAGUGUUCAUUUUUUGUUUAUUAUUUUUAGUAUUAUUUCACAAAAUGAAUGCGGAUAAAGCGAAGAAUAUCAGCGCCAUCCCUAUAGACGGAUUCAGCAAAGUUCGCAUUACGUCAACAUGGACUUUUUUACAGUCUGUCCAGUGGUCUGAGCCAUGGCUCAUUGGCCUGAUUUCUUUUCACAUCCUGUGCUUUGCUUUGACUCUCCUGACCUGCAGGUACUACAGACUCCAGAUCUUCCAGUUCCUCCUGAUGGUUGCAAUGGUGUACAGUGCAGAAUAUGUGAACGAGAUUGCAGCCAUGAACUGGAGAUCAUUUUCCAAGUUCCAGUACUUUGACUCCAGGGGGAUGUUCAUAUCGUUGGUGUAUUCUGCACCACUCCUGUUCAACACCAUGAUCAUCGUGGUCGUGUGGGUGAGGAGGACAUUUGCGACCAUGACAGAGCUGAAGACACUGCAGCUGAAGAGGAAAGCUGCCAGAGAAAGCGCUAAGAAAACCCAGUAGAGAGAGAAUAAUGUGGACUGAGCCAAACUAUUUCCCGUUAAAGUGGCCCGAGAUGCUAGACCUCAGCAGACGACUUCCUUCUGAGGCUGACCACAGAACUCAUCAGUUCAUGGCUAAAGAACGCUGAUGGAUCAUUACAUGUCCUGGGGAGUAAUGUCUGUCUAAAAACCCCACACACACCUGGAACUGAGUAUUGUAGCUACCCCUCAAGUGGACUGAUGGAGACAGAAAAGCUCUGAUUGUCAACCAUAACUCUUAAAAACCAGAAGACAUUUUUAACAGUUUUGUCAUAUACUAUAUGCAUGGGAAAAUCUAAAUAAUGUGUAUAAAUAACGUUUGUGUCAAUAAACUGAUCUGUUUUUAUGAUAAA